AUGACUACUGUGGCUCCUCUUGAGAUUCAAAUCUUUUCAAAACUGGUGAAUAAAGCGAGAGUUGUUGAGGAGUGUGCGAAGAAAGUGGCAACAUCAAGAGAUCCUAGAGGAAGAAACACUAACCGUGGACGUGACACGUACUUUCAACCAAGAGCCCAAAGCUUCAAGAGAGGGGGACAUGUGGCUCAAGGUCAAGGCAAUGUUAGGAGGCCCACUUUUGAUCAGUACCACCAGGCGAGAGGGAGAGGUAAUCAGAGUAAGGCUUUGCCGGACUUAACUUGUGAUCGUUGUGGGCGCUUUCAUCCGAAUAACUCUUGCAAGAUUGGUAUAGGUGGUUGCUUCAACUGCGGAUUUCCUGGUCACAUUGCGAGAGAUUGCACUUGUGGGAGGAAGACUCAAAAUGCGGGCCAGAACCAACAAGGUCAGGUGUUUGCUAUGUACGCCCAAGAUGCGGCGAAGGCGGAUCCUCUGAUGAGAGGUAUAUGCUUAAUUGGUGAUAAAACAUUGGUUGUAUUAUAUGAUAAUGGAGCGUCGCAUUCUUUUAUUUCAUUUGAUAAGGUUGAGGAACUAGGAUUGAAGGUGUCAGAGUUAGCAUUUGAUUUACAUGUGCAUACCCUGUAUCAGACAGUUAUGACCAGGUCAGGUUGUAGGCAAGUAGGUUUCAAGCUUGAGAAUAGAGAAUUUAUCUAUGACUUAAUUUGUUUACCAAUGGUUUGGUUGGAAAUGAUUUUGGGGUUUGACUGGAUGUCCAAGAAUCGAGUUUUGUUGGAUUGCUUUGAGCGAUCUAUUCGGUUUAUGCCGGAAGGAGAAAAUGAAGCAGUGGUAGCUAAAGGUUAUUACCUGAACUCUACAAUGGUGAUAUGUAGUGGGGAAGAGUGUCAGGGUUAUAUAUUGUUGGCUGCUAAUGCUUUGGGUGAUGCAGAGAACUUAGAUCGGAUUUCGGUGGUUAGAGACUUUCCAGAAGUAUUCCCGGAAGAUAUUCUUGAGUUCCCACCUCAAAGGGAAAUAGAAUUUGCGAUUGACUUGGUGCAGGGAGCCGAACCAGUGUCGAUUGCACCGUAUCGAAUGGCUCCGAUAGAGCUGGCUGAACUAAAGGCUCAGUUGGAAGAUCUUCUGAACAAGAGGUUCAUUCGACCAAGUGUAUCUUCGUGGGGAGCGCCAAUUUUAUUGGUGAAGAAGAAGGACGGUGGAAUGCGACUCUGCGUGGAUUACCGGCAGUUAAACAAAAUAAAGCUGAAGGAGGAUGACAUUCCAAAAACUGUGUUUACUACGCGCUAUGGACACUACGAGGUCGCUGUGAUGUCCUUUGGGCUGACGAAUGCACCUGCUGUGUUCAUGGAUUACAUGAACAGAGUAUUUCGUCCCAUGGAUAAAUUCGUGGUGGUUUUCAUAGACUAUAUCUUAAUUUAUUCUAAGACGGCAGAAGAACACGAAGAGCACUUAAGAAUUGUGCUGCAAAUUCUGAAGGAGUGA